AUGGCUCUUCUUCAGUUGGGCUUUCACGGGUCCAAAACUGACCCGUCCCUAUUCAUUCUCAAUUCAAGUGGCACGCUUGUCUAUCUUCUUGUGUAUGUAGACGACAUUAUCAUUACAGGUAAUCACUCUAGGGCUGUUAAUGAUGUUAUUAAAGAUCUCAGCUCUAUGUUUGCACUCAAAGAUUUGGGCCAGUUACAUUAUUUCUUGGGCAUUGAAGUGGUGCAUCAUGGUUCUGAUCUGGUUCUGUCUCAACGUAAAUAUAUUCUUGAUAUUCUUCACCGAGCAGGUCUUGUAGACUGCAAACCCGUAUCAUCCCCUAUGAGUACCUCUCAUGUCUUCUUACCUGAUGAUAGUCCUUUACUUGAUGAUCCUUCCAGAUACAGGCAGACGAUAGGUGCUCUUCAAUAUGCAACCUUAACUCGCCCGGACAUUGCCUUUGCAGUUAAUAAGGUGUGCCAAUUUAUGCAUGCUCCUACCGAGAAUCAUUGGGCUGGUGUGAAGUGCAUAUUGCGUUAUCUGAAGGGCACGAGUCAUUUUGGCCUACUAUUUCGUCACAACACAGGGUCCAGGCUACAAGCCUUUUCUGACUCCCAUUGGGCUACUAAUAUUCGGGCAUUCUCGGAUUCUGACUGGGCUGGUUGCCCUCUUGAUCGUCGAUCCACGGGGGGAUAUGCUAUCUAUCUGGGUUCCAACCUUAUUUCUUGGUCUGCUCGCAAACAACGAACUGUCUCUCGAUCUUCAACAGAAUCCGAAUAUAAGGCUAUUGCUGAUACUGUCGCAGAACUGAUCUGGUUAAAAUCUCUACUUCAUGAACUCGGUCUAGUUAGCAAGGCACCAACGCUUUGGUGUGAUAAUCUUGGUGCAACCUAUCUCUCUGCCAAUCCAGUGUUUCAUGCCCGCACAAAGCAUGUUCGAAGUAGAUUACCACUUUGUUCCUGA